AAUGUGUCCCCGGAACGCUAUGAGUGAUUCUACGCUGUUUGGCUAAAACUGCACGUUCUUCGAUUGUUACCGUUUCUCCUGCUGUCAGGAGAACAUAACGGGCGAAGCCGAAAUAUGCAUCGCGUUUCUGAGAAGACAGAUCCCCCCCUGCCCCUGUCCUGUCUGCGCCUCCUGGUCCCACCACUCCGGCUGGUCUCUGCAGUAAUCUGGGAAACUGUCCGGCAGAAAGUUGUGGCCAAUUACGGACUGCUGGAUGACUUUGUGAAGGCAGUCACCGAGAUUGUCCCAGAGCUGCUUAAUCGCAGACAAAGGUGUUUGCUUAGGCUCGGUCUCCGGGCUCAGCUUGCGCUGGAGUUGUGUCGCUCAGAGCAGACAAUAGACCUUGAGACCAUUCAGCCACACCUGGAUAUAGUAACUUCACUGUGGAAAACAGAGAUAAGCGAUUCAUUUGAUGGCUCGCCUGCAUUAAACCUCCUUGGUCUGAUCAACACCUUAAUUAAAGACCAGGGGGAGAGGCAGAACUUCUUUCAGGAUGUUUUCCCUGCAAGAUUUGGAGACAAGUACUGUGAAGAUAUACAGAUGCUUGUGGAGAUACUCCUCUCGCAGCUUGACAAGUUACUCACUGUACCAAAUCUUAAAGAGGUUGCCUUUAUGCUCAACGAUGUGCCUUCACUUCUGUCUGAAUAUAUGAAGUGCUUCUGUCAAUCUGAGGAACUUAAAUGUCUUCUGGAGUAUCAAAGAGAUCUCAGUCAACUAAAUGAAAAUGAUAAUCCAACAGUUGGCGCCAGUAUUCGUUCAGCGCUCUGUGUGCCACCUCUGACCGCAGCCUUGACAGAACAAGAGGAAACACCAUUAGAAGCUAAGGUGUUAACUGAUUACAUGGACGCAUUCAAUAAAGAACUGACAGGGGAGACUCAUACACUUGGAAAUGGUGCAGAUCACGUAAAAAUCGAAAGUGACAACCCAAAAAGGGAGGAGACAGUGACCAGAGGUUUGAAGAAUCAGUCCUACGUUAGCAGUGAAGAUGGAGGAGAAGAGUACUCUGUACAACAUGUUGAGUCUUUGGAUGGGGAGAAGAUGAGUGUAGAUUCUUGUGCUGUUGAGGUCCAAGUAGGUUAUAAUGUUGAAAUUCUUGCCGAGGAGACUCUUACCACAGAGAAAAAGGCUUCUAUUGAAGGUUCAGUGAUGGAUAUCAGAAAGGAUGAGCGGGUUCAGACAUUAGUCAGAACCACAGAUGAAAGUGAUGACAAAAUCAUGAGCCAUAGUGAGACCCAAAACUGUGCAAGAGAAGAAAGCAUGGAGGUCAGUGCCAGCACAACCCGUACCGUACUGCCACCUGUACUGUAUGCACCUGUUGCGAUCGCUUCCAAAAGACCAGUCAGACAACACCACAAAAAUGUUUCGAUAACACCCAAAGAUGAGCGUUCAAAGAGAUGUCCUAGAGGUCUGUCAACGAGCAAGACUUGUCCCACAUGUGGUAAGACAUACAGUCGUGCGUCAGACAUGAGAAGGCAUCAGAUAACCCACACAGGAGAGCGGCCUUUCCAGUGUUCGCAGUGCAAGAAGUGCUUUCAGUUCCAGUACGACCUGAGGAGACAUGAGUUAAAUGUGUGUCGAAUCACCGCGCCACAGCCUCAGAUCUGGUCCUCUGAGGUACCCGAAGACAAAAGCGCUCCGGACCUGAAGCAAAGGGAAGUUGGCGGCAAACUCCGAACGCCUUCUUUGGACGUUACAACUCACGAAAAGGAGUGUCUCGUUAAUCAGAAACAAGUGGAGCUUCCUUCUGAAAAGGGGGUGCCACUUCCCACUCAGCAAGAUCUCCAGAUAAAGGAUCCGGGCCAGGAACUUCACCUGGUUGAUCAGAUGGGAAAUCAGAAAUAUAAGGGUUUUAAAUUGACAAAGACACAUAAACACAAUCCUUCCGAUCCCUCACUAUAUUGUAUGGAAUGCAACAAGUCCUUCCCGAACACAUCAACACUUAAAACACACAAUCUUAGACACAUGCCUCGUCUGUGCACCAAGUGCGGCGAGAGCUUCAGAGGUUUCUUAGACCUUAGCCACCACUAUGUGGAAGUGCAUGAUUUCAAAGGGCCUUUUCCCUGCACUUCGUGCAAACGAACUUACACAGAUCUGAGAGGUCUGAUCAGGCACGAGAGGUUCCACGCAGGCGAUCUACCUUUCAAAUGCCCCAAGUGUCCAAAAGCGUUCACUUACGCAUCUGCUCUGGCGCUUCAUGACCGAACUCACACAAAAGAAGCGGCGUGCCUCUGCUGGGACUGCGGCAAAGGCUGCAAGUCGAACGCUGCCCUGAGAAUCCACCGGCUGUGUUGUCACUGCAGCGUCGACGAGAAGCGCUUCUGCUGCGAGCACUGCGGGAAAGCUUACGCGCUUAAAAGAAGCUUGGACCUCCACGUGGCAAAGCUGCACACCGGUGUGCGCCACCCAUGCGCCCGCUGCGGCAAACUGUUCCGGAGCGCGAGCUCUUUGACGAGACACCAUCUGACCCACACGGAGGAAAGGCCGUACUCAUGCAGCGAGUGCCGCAAGAGUUUCAGAUCAUCUUCGGAGCUGAAGAUACACACCCGCUAUCACACGGGCGAAAGGCCGUUCAAGUGUCAAGAAUGUGGCAAGGGCUUUGUGCAGUCUUACUACCUCACUGCGCACAUGAGGAUGCAUACGGGGGAAAAGCCGUAUAAAUGUCCAGCGUGUGAGAAAUAUUUUAAAACCUCAGGUAUUUUAAAGAGACACCAAAUGAGCCACACGGGAGAAAAGCCCCACAGGUGUUCAGUCUGUGGAAUGGCCUUCAGUCGGACUGAGCUCGUAAAAGCUCAUGUAAGGAAAUGUCAUUAAAUUUAUGCAAUUUAUUAAUGUAUGCAAAGAAAAAAAAAUCAUGUUUUAUUUGACUGUGUAUGUGAGGUCCAAUUUGCAUUUCAAUAUAAGGUCAUAUCCUGAA